AUGGCACACACGGAAAGGCCAGCUUCGCCGCCCGCGGCCAUGGAGAGGAGACCUUCAACGCCUGGUCACUCUGACAAGGAGAACGACACAUUCGAAGACGCUGUCGACAGCACCAUUGAUACUCCGGAGGUUCGCUCUCUCACCAAGAGAACACUCUCGUCCCCGAAGCACGAGACUGCAUCCGAACCUACAGAAUCCACACCCGACAAGAAGGCCCCAAAUAAGGACGAAACAGCACAAGCUGCUCGGCCUCCAAGCCCGCCCCUCGACAGCGACGACGAGACAAAAAAGUCUACGGACAAGAUCAAGGUUGACGUCGACAUUGACGUGCCCGAUAAGGUCGAGUCUGUGACCUCCUCGCCCAAAUCCCCGAAGUCUUCCAAGUCCCACCGUUUUUCGAACACGUCGAACCUCGACAACAUCAGCCUCGAGGACGACGCUGUCACUUCCUCUCCCCCUCCACCACGACCAGAUGAUGCUCAGCAGCUCGACGAGGAGAGAGAGGGACACGAUGCCGAGAGCGGCAGGAAUAGUCUCAAGGACCGCUUCAAGCUGCUCCGCAUGCGAGAGGAGCAGGCAUCCCGCCAUCAGCCGUUGCGGUUGAUGACGAGAAGGGCUCCUGGCGGCCGCUUGCGAGCAUUUCCCAAGAAGCAACCGCGCUCGGGCAUCUCGGGUGCCCGGGCACGAUGGAGAGGGCUGGCGAGGCCCUUUCCCGACCAGCCGCCCAAAGUCACCCCAUGCCGACGAGCCCCGAAACCCGGCACUGGCACCUGGAACCGCAUCGGGCGUCAAUGCUGGUCCCUCGGACCAUGUCUGACCGCGCAGGUCGACUGGGAUCUGUGGCAGUCUGUCGUCUACGAGGGGCCAGCGGUGGUCGCCCGCACAAGCGCCGACGAGCUGAACAGGGCGAUUGCUACGGGCAUCCCCAGCGCCAUCCGUGGCGUCAUCUGGCAGGUUCUCGCCCAGAGUAACAACGUCGAACUCGAGGCCAUGUACCGGAGUCUCAAGGCCAGGGGCACCGAAAAGGACCAGGACCGCAACAGCAACGGCACGUCGAUCAGCUCCGCGAGCAACGGAAACCUGGGCAUUCAGAACGACGCCGUCAAUUCGUCAGCGUCUUCGGUUCACUCGGACCAGUCAGGAACCAAUCCUGUCGCAUCUCCUGCUCUCGAGAAGAGCGCAGAGGCUGUACAGAAGGCGCAGGCUGCCGUAGCUGAGAAGAAGAAACGCAGCAAAGAGGAUGCUGUUAUGCUUCAGAAGUUGGAGAAGACGAUCCGCCGCGACCUGGGCGCGAGGACGAGUUACUCCAAGCAUGCUGCCUCUGCCGGGCUCCAGGAGGGUCUCUUCGGCGUCUGCAAGGCGUAUGCCCUCUUUGACGAGGGUGUUGGCUACGCGCAGGGUAUGAACUUCCUGGACAUGCCAGGUCUGCAUAUGCGACUGUACCAGUUUGAGCGUACUCGAGACUUUGAGCCCGCGCUCUACUGCACUUGCAUCGCAAAGCAUAGCUCCACUCUAUGCACACAGUGUCUCACGCUCUCGCAUACGCUUCCCCUCACUCGUCUGCGAAUCUACGACCUCAUCCUCUCCGAAGGCUUGUCAGCUAUUCUCCGCUUUGGCAUCGUUCUCAUGCAGAAGAACGCCUCGACACUUCUCGCCAUGUCCGACAUGUCGCAACUCACCACCCACCUCAAGGACAAGGUCUUUGACGUCUACAUCGACAAGGACCCCAGCGCCGGUAGCAUACUCGACAACGGAUUCUUCGGAAGCUCGAGUUCCAGCAUUGACAAGGAAGUCUAUCGCGCCGAUCAGCUUGUCCGUGACGCGUGCGAGGUCAAGAUUACGCCCGAGACGCUCAAGGCGUAUACACUUGAGUGGGAGGAAAAGACCAAGGCCGAAAAAGAGCGGGAGGCCGAGCUCGAGACGCUGCGCGCUGCGAAUGCCAAGUAUGCCAUUAGCCUGCGCAAGCUCGAGGAGCGGGUCGAGGCGUACGACCGCGAGCAGGCCGCCCUGGCAACCGAGCUCGUGCACACCAAGGUCGAGAACGAGGAGCUCAAGGAUGAGAACGAGACAUACAAGGGCCAGGUACGCGAGCUACGAAACGUCAUUGAGAAGCAGCCCGAGGAGCUCGAGACGGCAUGGCAGGCGGAGCGCGAUGAUCUCAUGAAGCGAAACGCCAAGGUGCACGAGGAAAACCAAAAAUUGGAGAAGGAAAUGUCAGAGCUGGAGGAGGAAUUGGUGCAGACCAAGAUGCAGUACGCCGAGAUCAACGCAUCCCACGAGACGCUCGCUCGCAAGUGGACGGAUCUCAAGCGCCAAUUCGCGUGA